UAUUUGAGAGAAAGUGAUUCUCGUGAGAUGAUCAGAGGUGAGAUUCAGUUUUGGUCUGUCGAUUGGUGAAGUGAUUCAAGAUGGACUGUGAUGAGUUUAGAAAAUUCGGCAAGUUCGCUGUUGAUUAUCUCGCCAACUAUUUGGAUACCAUCAGAGAAAAGCAAGUCUUAUCAGGUGUCAAACCUGGUUAUUUAGAAGAGAGAUUGCCAAAACGAAGUCCACAGAACGGUGAGCAUUGGAAAGAUAUUUUCGAAGAUAUGGAUAAGCAUAUAGUACCUGGCCUAACACACUGGCAUUCGCCUUCAUUCCAUGCUUACAUGCCUACAGCCAACUCUUUUCCUGGAAUUAUAGGAGAACUUAUGCUAUCUGGAAUAGGAGGUUGCACAACAACUUGGGAUUCCAAUCCAGCUUCUUAUGAAUUAGAGUUGAAGAUGAUGGAUUGGUUAGUAAAAAUGAUGGGCUUACCGGAAUAUUUUUUGAAUUCUUUCGAUGGUCUAGGGGGAGGUUGUAUCCAGAAUUCUGCCAGUGAAUCAACUCUGCUAGCUUUACUCACUGCAAAGCAUCGUCUUUCCAAGAUUUCUGGACAGACAAUAUCCGAUAAAUUUCUCGUAGCUUACAGUUCGAAAGAAGCAAAUUCAUCCGUUGAAAAAGCUGGUCUGCUAGCUUCGGUUCCGAUGAGACUUUUAGAACCCGACCACAAUGGUAGUUUGAGAGGAGAUACCCUUCUAAAAGCAAUUGAAGAAGAUAAGGCAAAAGGGUAUGUUCCAUGCUGUGUAAUUGCCACUUUUGGAACUACUGGAACCUGUUCUUUUGACAACGUUGAGGAGUUAGCCGACGUUUGUAAGAAACAAAACCUAUGGUUACAUAUUGAUGCAGCUUAUGCCGGUACAUCGUUAAUAUGUCCAGAAUUCAGACCUCUCAUGGAAGGUAUCGAAAAAGUAGAUUCCUUCAACUUCAACCCUCAUAAGUGGAUGAAAGUAAACUCAGAUUGCUCAGCUCUUUGGUUCAAGGACACCACGUACGUGCAACAAAUGAAUGCUGAUGGGGAUUUGAAAAACAAAAAUCCUGAUAAACUUCCAAACAUCCACUUGUGGCAGAUACCGAACAGCAGAAGGUUCAGAGCGUUGAAGCUUUGGUUUGUGCUACGUAUCCAUGGUGUUCAAGGACUGCAGGCCCAUGUAAGGAAGCAGGUGGACUUAGCUAGAUAUUUCGCAGACCUCGUUAGUUCGGAUGAAAGGUUCGAAGUGUGUACAUCGAACUUGGGAGUACUAACGUUCAGAAUGAAAGGAGAUGAUUGUUUAACAAAAGAAUUAGUAGAAAGUAUACAACGUAACAAGAAACUGUUUCUCACACCCUAUAAUCACAAUAAUAGGUUAGUCAUACGAUUUGUCGUAUGUAGUAGCUUCACGGAAAAAUCCGACAUCCAGAAUUCAUGGAAGCAUAUUCAGGACCUAGGUAAUCAUAUUGUGAAAAGAUAAUUUUUAACAACUCAAAAAUAGUUUGAAGAAGUCGUCGAAUAUUUCUAGCAUUUUGCGUGAACUAUGUACAAAUACUGUAAUUUAUAGCCCAUACAUUUGUUAUUAAUUGAAGUUUUGAUAUUCUAUGAAAAUUAAUCAUAUACAUCAAUAAAUUAUCCUGGAAUUUA